GCGAUGUCUGUACAGUACGGUUAGCCAUUAAACAGACAGCCAUCUGCCGCAGUCAGGAACGCAACGCGGAGUAGCCACUAGCCAGCGGGAAUGGAAAAUGGAGGAUUGACCUAAGGAAUUGCGAGGACAUAAUAUCGAUGAUUUGGUCGUAGUAAUCCUGAACCCACACAGAGGUCGUCUUACUAGACACCUUUCUUUUGAAGAAGCACAUUGUUAUGGCCCAUCACCACUGAACUGCAGAGAUUGAGGUUGAAAGUAGUGCUUGACUCCAUCAUCUAUGGAGGAGACUUUGAGCCCUGUGCUCUCUCUAGCUCCCCAGCCAGAGCAGAGCCAGGAACCUUUGGAUAGCUGCGCUCAAGCUGCCGAUACAGAAACUCAAGCAGAGGCUGAGUGUCUAGAGCCAGAGGACAAUGGCAGUAAAGAGCAGCUAGAGGAGUCUGACCAAUCUCCCAAAACCACCGGCGAGGUGAGGAAGACCUGGGGUUUCCGUCGGACCACCAUCGCCAAGAGAGACAUGCCAGUAGAAGCGGUCGUUGAGCCCCAGGAGAGCCGUGGAGGCGCAGUCCGCCGCAGCGGCAGGCAGUCCAAACGUACAGACAAGCUCGAGGAGUUCCUAUCCUCGACGGCCAAGAGGGCGGCGAGGAGGAGUGGCCCCUCCAGCAUCGAGAGCGGCGACCCUCCGUCCCAAACCCCGACGGACGCUGAGACCGCCUCGGAGGCCAGCUUCGACGGCAACGCUGACGCCAAGGCGGCGGAGGACAAGUCCCCCUCCCCGGAGAGGAGGACGAGGAGCGGCACCAGGAAACAGCCAGCCGGUAAGGCCCGGGGGGGCAGGAUGACGAGGAGCCGCGGAGGAGGGGCCACCGGCACCAAAGACGACGGAAGCUCAGAGAACGACGAGGACAGCGAAGACGAUGCCGGCACAAAGGACCAGCCACAGAACCAGAGCCAGGAGGGGACACCGGAAGACGGGACAGAGGACUGUCCCAAAAUCGAGGUGAAAGAGGGCGGAGAUUUGACGCAGGUUGGCCCUGAGCCGGAACCUGAGAAGCAGGAGCAGCAGGAGGAGGAGGAGGAGGAGAAGCCAGAGGAGCUCGAAGGUGAGAAGGUCAAAGAAGAGCCCAAACGGGAGACUGGAAAAGACAGUGAGGAGGAAGACAAGGAGAAGCCUCCCGGGGGCUUUGUGAAGCGUGGGCCAAUCAGAACCUACACCAAUAAAAAGAAGGUUGCACCAAUUAAGAGCACCCCAGUGACACCAGCUGUGGGUAAACCUCCUCCUGCACCUGCCAUGAAAGGAGCCUUCACGGCAAGGAGAGAACCCAACAGGCCCAAUGCCCAGCCGUCCACGCAGAACCGCAGGUCCCCAGAAGGCCCCGGAGAUGACGAAGAAGAUGACGACUCCUUGACCACCACGUCCGCCACAUCGUCCUCCUCUUCGUCGGACUCUGAAGAAGCAGGCUACGACCCCAAUGCCCUCUAUUGCAUCUGUCGCCAGAAGCAUAACAAACGGUUCAUGAUCUGCUGCGACCGCUGCGAGGAGUGGUUCCACGGCGACUGCGUGGGCAUCACGGAGGCCCGCGGGCGCCUCAUGGAGAGGAACGGCGAGGACUACGUCUGCCCCAACUGCACCGCCCGCAAGAGCCAGGUGCUGCGGCCCGCCACCGGCGCUCUGGCCACGGGCCUGGACGCCGCCAAGGCCCUCGCCGAGUCCCGGAGAGUAGAGUCUGGCUCUGGGGUCAACCAUGCCAGCGUGGCCUCAAUGCUGGGGGGAGCCGCGGAGGAGAAGCUAGGAGACGACCCGGGGAUCAAGGGCCGGAUAGAGAAGGCCACCAACCCCACUGGCAAAAAGAAGAUAAAGAUAUUUCAACCGCAGGCACUACAGCAGACGGCAGGGCUGAGGUCACCACCGGCCGCUGACCAGAAGGUGGCGCCAAACGCGGAGCAGAAAGUAGCUUCGAUGGUGGAGGUGAAGACCUCGCCGUCUCUGGGAACCGACCAGGCGGUGGAGGUGAAGGCCGACACCUCCUCCCUGCCCAAGUGCAUCGGGACUGGCUGCGAGAACAACGCCCAGCCGGACUCCGUCUACUGCGGCAACGUGUGCAUCCUAAAGCACGCGGCAGCGGCCAUGAAGUCCUUCACAGAUGCCAAGGAGCCCAAGGAGGAGGCCCCGGGUCAGAGGAAGCCAAGCACCAAGUCUACUGCCAAGAGGAGCGCCGCCGGAGGGAAGACUGCGAAGGCCAUCGCUGAGGAGUCGGAGGAGGACUACAGCGAAUCGGACAGCGAGGAAGACAGCGACGACGAGCAGCACGGUGAAGAAGACGACGAUGACGAGAGUGCCCGGGAGCAUCCUCCGCCGGCCGCCGCUGCAUCCUGGUCCUGCGACCAUAAUUACAAUGCCGUCACGCCAGAAAAGACUACACCCAUAUCACCAACAGUGUUAAACAAAAAGUUGCCCCCCAAAGAGGAGAAGCAGAGUGAGAAGGUUAAGGAGCAGGAGCAGGCUCCUGCUGAGAAGCCCGCCGCCUCCACAACGCCGGUCAAAAACAAGAGGUCUCCGGCCAUCAAGCCAGCGAAGGCGAAAGGACGCAAAGCUUCCCCUCAGGGCAGCUCAAGGGCAACCAGGAAGCAGGCCACGGCCGCCAGCAAACCCGGCCCAAAGUCCAAGAAACCGGGCGCGCCUUCCGCUCCAACGCCUUCCACAUUCCAGGGCGGGCCCGUGCACAUCACAGGAGCGCUGAGAGUCACCAAGUCCAACUUCACCAUCCCAAAGAAGCAGGCUCCGCAGAAAGACCCCCCGUCCAACAGCCACUCCUCCUCCUCCUCCAGAGGGCCCUCAUCGUCAUCGGCCUCCUCUGCGCCGUCCGUCCCCUCGUCUUCCAGGCCUUCCCAGCCGACCGCCUCCCCGGCGCCCCCCGGGGCCCCGGCGGGUCCGCCCAACAACCAGAUGAGGCAGAACAUCCGACGCUCCCUCACCGACAUUCUCUACAAGAGGGUGAGUGACAGCGACGACCUGAAGAUGACUGAGAGCGAGGUUGGCCGGAUGGCGGUGUCCAUCGAGAAGGAGAUGUUUAACCUGUGCAUGAACACGGACAGCAAGUACAAGAACAAGUACCGCUCCCUCAUGUUCAACCUGAAGGACCCCAAAAACAAGGGCCUGUUCUACAGGGUCGUGUGGGGGGAUGUAAGUCCCUUCAGGCUGGUCAGACUCAGUGCAGAGGAGCUGCUCUCCAGAGAGAUUUCGGAGUGGAGGAAGUCUGACUCUGAGUCCCACAGCUCGAGUGGCCGAUCCCACUCAGGGUACUCUAAAUCAGGCCACAGGCGGGAGUCAAGCUCCCAUAGCCUGGAUCUGGAGGACGCUCCACCGACGUCAGAUGCCGAUGUAUGUAUCCCUGCUGCCUUGCCACCUUCUCGCAUGGCUUCCGCUGCAGACCAGGAGGAGUCGAGCUGCGCUCCGUCCUCCUCGGCUCCGGGCUCUGCCGUCGAGACACCAGACAUCUUCAGCAGCAUGCUCAACGACACCACUGCCGAGCACAAGAACCACAUCUUCGACAUCAACUGCAAAAUAUGCACAGGUCAGAAGUCUGAGGAUGAGCCGGCUGCCAAGAAAGCCAAACUUGCCAAGAAGCCCGAGGCCAAGCCACCCCGACAGGAGUCGCGCUCGUCCAGGGAGGCCCCUCCUGCUGCCUACCAGCCGCACAUGCCCGCAGCCUACCCCCCUCCUGGGCCCCAGGCCUAUCAACACCAAGACACCCUCUCCUACCACAAGACCCAACCCGUGUAUCAGCCCAGCAUGGACGCUCCCGUCCACUCCGAGCCACAGGCCCAGCCUAUGCUCUACCAGGAUGACUUCGGUGGUCUGGUACAGCCGGUCAUGACCCCUGCACCUAUCGCCAUGCCAACCGUAUCCUCUGUGAGCAUCACCCGCAGAGACCCCCGCAUGGCCAGGCACGGAGCCAGCGUCACGGUCACCCAAACCCCCUCUCAAACGCCGCCAGUUCUGCCCCUCUCGUCAUCGGAGCCCGCCAACCCUCUGGUCGUCGUCCCAGUGGAGCCGGCACUCAAGGGGCCUUUGCCCAUGCCUCCAGCCCCCCCACCUUCAGUGACCCCAUCUAAAGCAGCAAAAUCCAGUUCCAAUGAUCCUCCCCUGGAAGGAGAGACGGCCAUCUUCCUCCACGGUCAGGAGAAGAUUUGGAAGGGGUUCAUCAACAUGCAGUCCGUGGCAAAGUUUGCCACAAAGGCCUUCUUGGUGUCUGGAUCCUUUGAAUAUCUGAAGGAGGACCUGCCCGACACCAUCCAUAUCGGUGGCCGUAUCUCCCCCAGCACAGUGUGGGAUUACGUGGGGAAGCUGAAGACCUCCCUGUCCAAGGAGCUGUGUCUGAUCCGGUUCCACCCGGCCACGGAGGAGGAGGAGGCGGCCUACGUGUCCCUCUACUCGUACUUCAGCAGCAGGAAGCGCUUUGGUGUGGUGGCCAACAACAACCGGCGCAUCAAAGACCUCUACCUGAUCCCGCUGAGCGCCCUGGACCCCCUACCCUCCAAGCUGCUGCCCUUCGACGGCCCAGGGCUGGAACCAGCCCGACCCAACCUGCUCCUGGGGCUGCUGAUCUGCCAGAAGGACAAGAAGCGGGCCGGAGCUCUGUUAGAACACGAGGAGAAACGAUCCAAGCUGCAAGCCAAAGACAUGGAAGACACAGGCCUCCCCAAGCCUUUGACCUCCAUCAAAGCUGAGAGGACGAUACGGUCGAGCUUGGAAAUUCCCUUCAGCACCACUCCUCCGGGCUCACCUCCGCCCCUCAGCACCCCCGGGCCCGCGGGGAUCUCCUCCAUCUUUUCCCUUCUGUCCUCGGUCAAGGCGCCGGCCGCCAUGGCCGCUCCCCUCGGAACAGACUCGCUGUCUGCCUUGGGCGUCGCCGGCUCCUCGGCUGCCAGCGCCACCCCUCUCCAGACCAUCCUCAACACUCUGUUCGGGAAGAAGAAGCAGGACUCGGAGGCCUCCGACUCCCCCUCCCAGCCCGGCGGGGAGCCCUCGGGGGCCCCGGCCACCCUGCUGGACCCCAUCGUCCAGCAGUUUGGACAGAUCUCCAAGGAGCGCCAGGAGGAGGAGGAGGAGGAGGAGGACGACCGGCCGUACGACCCAGAGGAAGAGUACGACCCCGGCUCGGGUUACAGCGCACCUCUGAAACCCGCCCACGCCGCCACGGAACCCGUCGUCCACAAGCCGGCGGAGGCCGUGGCCGUUGAGCCGGACGACGUGGCGUACGACCCGGAGGACGACUCCAUCUUUGACGAGGUCAAACCCGCAGUCCCGCCUCCGGCCAAAGCUACCGGAACAAACGGCCCACCGAAAGACGUGACCGACAAGGUCAUAUCUGCACCGUUCUCCCUUCCCGACGCACUGCUCACCAAGACCCUCCUUGCAAAUAGUCAUCUGUUGCAGCUGGGCAAAAAGGUGGAAGAGCUUGUGAAGGCUUCCUCUGUCGUUCCUGUGAUCAACCAGAGACGGGACCCUCGCCAGGCUCUCGCCAGCAAGAGACUGCCCAGCCAGGAGGAGCAGCCCCAGCAGGAGCCGGAGGAGGCAAAGGAGAAGGAGCGGGCGUCUACUCCGCCGGCAGAGAUGCCUCCACCCUCACAGCAGGAAGCUCAAGAACCUGAAUUGGCCAAAAUGGACAAAGUUCAAGUCUCUGAACAGUCAGAAGAGGAGAAGAUACCACUUGUGUUCCUGCCUCAGCAGGAGAAGAAGGAGGACGUUCUCCCAUUCAUGGAGUCGGACAUUGAAGAGGUAUCAAUUCCUCUGUUGGGCGAGCAUGAGGAUCCCGAUGUAAAGGCAACCUUCAUAGAGGAACAAGAAGAUGACAAAGAAGAAGAAAAGGCGGAGGAAAUGGAAGCAGAGCCAUUUAUGGUCGAAACCGAGGAGGACAAGUUCAGCCUCUGGCCUAAUUCUGAGCAUAUUCUCAAAACGGCUGAGGACUCGAAGUACGAGGAAGAUCCAGACUAUUAUGAUGACUCUGAAGACACAAUGACCUCCUCAAUCCCGGUGCUUACUCAGAGCGCUGCAAUGGGCGACCACUCCUCCCACAUGCCGCAUAUGCCUCCUUCAGGCUACAACUCAAAUAAGUACAGGCCUCAGGCUGACCUUCCAAAGCCUGCCAGCUUCCCCCCGCCCCAUGUGGGGAUUCCUCCAAUGCAAGGACCCCCGUCGAUGAAUCGUCCACCACCUAUAUCAAUCCCUCCGGCCAUAGUGACUAGGCUCUCAGGCCCCCCACCCAUGCAGGGUCACCCCCCGGGCAUGCAGGGACACCCCCCGGGCAUGCAGGGUCACCCCCCACCCAUGCAGGGUCACCAUCCGCCCAUCCAGGGACACCAUCCGCCAAUCCAGGGACACCCUCCACACAUCCAGGGACACCCUCCACACAUCCAGGGACACCCUCCACACAUCCAGGGACACCCUCCACACAUCCAGGGACACCCUCCACACAUCCAGGGACACCCUCCACACAUCCAGGGACACCCUCCACACAUCCAGGGUCACCCUCCACACAUCCAGGGACACCCGCCUCCUAUGCAUGGCCCUCGUCCCCCGAUGCAAGGUGAUGGUGGUCAGCAGUACGGCCCGCCUCCCGGGGGCUAUCCCCCCUACCAGAACCAGUGGCGCGGUCAGCAGCAGCAGCAGCAGCAGCCACCUCCCGGACCCCCGCCCCAGAAUAUAAGAGGACCGUCACUCCCCUUCCAGCCCAUGGGCCAGAGAGGACCCCCACAGAUGUUUGACCACUCUAUGGCCCCCCAGCACAUGAGGCCGCAAGGGCCCCCACAGGGUCUUCCGAUGCCCCCUGCUUUCGACGGACAGAACAGCUUGGCCCCGCCACGAUUCCCUGGACCCCCUCCGCCGCCGUUCAACUUCCAUGGUUCCAGAGGGCCUCCUCCCCCGUUCACCGGCCCCCCUCAUUAUGACAACCGACCCCCGCCCCAGCCCCACUUCCCCGGACCAAGAGCGCCGCCGCCCGCUCCCUACCGGGACCACGGGGCCCAGCCCCCCAUGGCCGAGCCCCCCCGAGGCCCCGUUGAUCCGUACAGCAAGGACGGCGCGGGUCCUUUCAAGCCGGCCAUGGACCCACACCAACACCCCAAUCCCCUGCACAUGUAUAAAGACAGCCAGGCGCCCCCUCCCUCUCCAGGUCCCUCCUUCAGGGGCCCCCUGCCGGACCCCUAUCCAGACCGACGAGGUCCGCCCGAUGAGAGCGGCCAGUCCUUCCAUCCGCACUACAGAGACCCCCGAGCUCACUCUCCACCCCAACAUCGGGCGUCCUUUGAGGACCCCCGGGGGCCCGCUCCCCCAGAGAGCCGGGGACACCCGCCUCAUCAAUUCAUCGGCGAGCGGUACCGCCUCGAAAGACUGCCGGAUGAGAUAAGACCCCCGCGUCACAGCGGGCCCCUCCUGCCGACCCCGUCCGAGGGCCCAAUAGUGCCGGCGGGCCGCAUGGGGGGCCAGAGCCCAGACCCCCACAGGGAGGAGCACUGGCGCCAGCACUCCCCUGACAUGAGGAGACGGAGCAGCUCCCAGCGCGAGGACUCUGAGCCUCGCGGGCUAGAGCGCCUGAGCCGCUUCGACGGAGGCCCCCGGGAACCCUCUGCCGGACAGGCCCACCUCCCCGAUGACAGACAGAGGGAGACGGCCGAGGACCGCCGCAGGGACCGGGAUCGGGAAGGCCCCCCCCAUGCGGGAAGGCCCUCCUGGGACCGGGGUAAGCGCUGGAGCAGAGAGCGGGAGUGGGACAGAAGCAGAGAGAGGGACCGGGAGAGAGACGGAGAACGAAGCCGGGAGCGCAGCAGGGAACACAGUAGGGGCCAAGAGGUGGAGCGCCACCGGGACCCAGACGUAGAGCGACACCGAGACCCAGAGGGGGAGCGACACAGGGACCCAGAGGGGGAGAGGAAAGAGCUGGACAGACACCGGGACCCAGAGGUGGACCGUCACCGGGACCCAGAGGUGGACCGUCACCGGGACCCAGAGGUGGACCGUCACCGGGACCCAGAGGUGGACCGUCACCGGGACCCAGAGGUGGACCGUCACCGGGACCCAGAGGUGGACCGUCACCGGGACCCAGAGGUGGACCGUCACCGGGACCCAGAGGUGGACAGACACCGGGACCCAGAGGUGGACAGACACCGGGACCCAGAGGCAAAUAAGAGGCGCGACCGGGAGAGAGUCCGGGACAGAGAGAGGGAUAGAGUCAGGGAGAGGGACCCAGAGAGGAGGGAGGGAGAGAGGAAAGAAGGAGACAGAAGGGAAGGGGAGAGGCGGGAGGGAGAGAGGAGCGAAGGAGACAGGAGAGAAGGGGAUAGAAGGGAAGGAGAGAGGCUGGAGAGGCUGGAGAGGCAGGAGAGGCGGGAGGGAGAGAGGCUUGAGAGGCGGGAGGGAGAGAGGCAGGAGAGAGAGAGGCAGGAGAGGAGGGAAGGAGAUAGGCGGGAGGGAGACAGGCGGGAGGGAGAUAGGCGGGAGGGAGAGACAAAGGAAGGGGAGAAAAAGGAGGGAGAGAGAAGGGAGGGGGAAAGGAAGGAGGGAGAGAAGAGGGAGGGGGAAAGGAAGGAGGGAGAGAAGAGGGAGGGGGAAAGGAAGGAGGGAGAGAAGAGGGAGGGGGAAAGGAAGGAGGGAGAGAAGAGGGAGGGGGAAAGGAAGGAGGGAGAGAGGAGGGAGGGGGAAAGGAAGGAGGGAGAGAGGAGGGAGGGGGAAAGGAAGGAAGGAGAGAAGAAGGAAGGGGAGCGGAGAGACAGCGAGAGGAGGGACGGGGACAGGAGAGACCACGAUCGAGAGAGAACCAGGGUUCGCGAGAGAGACCGCGACCGUGACCGAGACCGUGAGCGUGACAGAGACCGCGACAGGAGACGCAGCAGAGAAAGAGAUCGUGAUCGUGGAAAAGACCGCGCCAGGGACCGGGACCGAGACCGGGAUCGCGAGCGCCGAGAGAGGAGCAGGAGCAGAGACAAAAGAGAGGAGAAGAAGGAGGCUAAACACGAAGUCAACAGGGAGAGCGAAAGGCACGCCGAUGUGGAGAACAAAAACUCUUAGUAGUCCUCUCCUUCUCGGACCAUGUGUUACUUUUAUGAGAACAGGCGGGAGCAUCCUCUGUAAAUAUGAUGGACAGUAUUUAAGUGGACCUGCAAUAGCUAUAGACUGAUGGUCUGGCAUACUUGUAUUGCCAUUUAUAAGUGAAUGGCCCCACUGCGGGCAGGUUCUGUUUAAAUCAUACUUGUGCUAUAAUUUCGUAUGUGCUCUUUUUAAAGGAUCGAAAUGCAAAGUAACAAAUUUCCACUUACCGUCAAAUUUCAUUUUGUAAAUACGAAUGUGUGUGUAUAUAUACUGAUUUUAACUAUACUUUUUCUAAGUAGAGAAAAUGAAAGCCAUAUAUCCUGGACGGAUAAUGUGAAAGUUGACCUGUAUGACUGUAUGUGUACAAUUCAGAGGUUUUCAAUAUCAUGGCUCUUUGGAGAAAAUAGGUAAUUGACGGUUAUUGCAACAUGUUGAUUUCGUUGAAACUCAAAUCCACAAUUAAACCUUUUUUGACUACU